AAUGCCCCGCAUCUCCCCUCAUUUUCUUUCGUUAAGGACCUGUUUGGUUACCUUCACGUCCUCUUCUUCUUCCCUCUCUCCUUUCCUUUCCUUUCUUUUCUACUCUCCUCUCCUCUCCUAUCCAUGGAUGCCGGAAACUUAACCGACUUCUCUUCCUUUCAGAUGGAGCAACAACGACAGGUUGAUAAGAUGGAUGUUGUGGCAUCUAUUGAUACAGUACUGGAUGAAGGGGUUUGCGCUAUUUGUUUGGAGAGGAUACAGAUCCAAGACUGUGCGGCUGUUAAAGGUUGCGGGCACUCGUACUGUGCAAUAUGCAUCCUGAGAUGGGCAACAUACACUAAAACUCCUUCAUGUCCUCAAUGCAAGCUCCCAUUCACUUUUCUUGAUGUAUAUCGUUCUCUUGAUGGAAGUAUUCAUGACUAUUCAUUUGAAGAGAGUGUAUGCCUCCUCCUGAGAGCCCCCUGGUUUGUGCCUUUGCCAGUGGAGGCUGAAGAAUCUAUGCUGGAUGAGUUGGAAGAUAUUAGUUUGUAUUAUGAUGAUGAACGAAGGGAUGAUGACCUGGAUGAAGCCUACUUUAUGUGUAGCUCAUCAAAUAUUCGUGUAGGUAACAGGAGGUGGGGUGACAAUGGCUAUGUAAGGUCCGGAAGAAAAGAGGCUCGUCCUGUGAUCCGCCAACCUUUUAUAGACAAUGGUGCUGGACCUUCUCAAGUUCAUAAGAAAAAGGAGGCAGCGAAAGAUACGCUAGGCAGGAGAGCAAAAAGGGCAUUGAAGCGAGAAGCUGCUGACAAAGCAGCUGCAGUGAAGCACCAGCAACAUCUGCAGAGGCUGGGCCGGAAAUAAAAAAAUUUGUCAGGGCAUCUUCAGUUCACCUGUACAAAAGCUUAACCUUGUUGAUUGUUUCAUAUUAGAUUGGAUCCUGUAACUGAAAUUUCAAGGGGUGCACCUUCAACUGGUUGCCAAUAAUAUUUGGCCAAUUGUCUUCUUUCAA